CAGAAAAAAAUAAAGAAAAGAGAUGAACUUUUGAACUUUUGACCACUUUUCCCACUUGGGGAUCUUUGUCUCUCUUAUUACAUCAUGCCAUAGAACUUUGGAUAUGCUUGCCCAUGUCUUGUUUAUGUCUAAAACAGUCAACUACACUUUUUUUUUUUUUUUUAUUUGUUCACUUCGUCAUAAGUUGAAUAACCAAUUGAUGUAGUUUUCCCUGUCCCCCAUCCUUGCCAUCUUCUUGACAACCAUUAAUCAUUGACGAAGAAAGAUUUCAUUUCUCAUUUUUAGAGGCACACCAAUCCCAUUGGAGCCAAAAAUCUUGAUUUCUCUCUUUAUUUAUUGAGUUUAUUUCUUAAUUUUUUAGUGUUAUUAACAUGCAGUUUCACCAUUUAACCUUGUCAAAUGAGCUUUCUGCUGUAGGUUACCACUGAUGAAGCUAUUGAAUUGUCUAGGAGAGUAGUGUUGGAGGAAGGUCUGCAGGUGUAGAUUUGAGUGGCGCAAAGCCUCAAGAUCUCUCUAGCCAUGAGUUUCUCAAUGACACUUCACUCAAAAGGGGUUAUGUGUUCAAGCCAAAGCUCAAUGCUUGGGGAAUGAAACAGAAAAAGAAGGAAGGAGGGCAAGAUGAAGGUGAAGGGGAUGAUGAAGCUAAAAAUGAAGAAGAAAAUGAAGAAGCAGGCCCCUCUCAAGGUGGUUCAUCUCAGGUCCCUCAGAAAAUCAGUACCAACAAAGGCAUUCUUCUAAUUCUUGAGAGGCUCGCAUUGCUUGACAAGAAGCUCAAUUAUCACAUUCGAGAAUGUCAGUCUGUAGAACCUCCAGCACCUUCAGCCACCAUAUCGGACCCCACUGCUGCUGGCACUUCAUCUGAACCCAUGCCUACUGAACCCUGUACCUAUCCUGAAACUUAAACUUCUUGGUUCCAAUUGUUUGUCUAUUUUAACUUCUGUUUUGUAUUUAAAUUCUACUUCAAACUCUGUUUUUGUAUAUAUAUAUAUAUAUAUAUAUAUAUAUUGUUUUGAGACAUUAUAUGUGUUUAGAUUAAAUUUUGAGUUUGAGUUGUGGUUGUGGUUUAUGUUUAAAGUUAGUUUUAUGCGUGGUUGAUUGUGUUUUUGGUUGGAGUUAAUUAUGUAUAAGUUGUUAAGUUGGUUUAUGUUUAGUGUUAUGUGAAGUUUUUGUGUUUGGUUCAUGUUUUCAAGUUUGUUAUGAGGUUUAAUCUGUUUUGUGAAAGUGUUAUAGGCGUGUAUGAGUUGGGUUCAUGAAAUUUGAAUGUUUGAAGUUUAUAUGUUCUAGUUGUUUUAGGUGUUUGGUACACUCCAUGCAUGAAUUGAGGGGGAGUUGAUAUUACCAUUUUAAAACUAAGAAAUUGCCAAAGUUACU